CGAAAAUGACUUGCACAGGUUUCCCGGCCUCCAGGGACGAAGAUCUCGAGGGGAGGCGCCCGACCCGGAGAGGGGCCCAGCCACGCGCAGAACGGGCUCUGGGUCCCCACAGAGCGUCCUCAGCACCGAGACUCCUGGCCGCCGCCAGGGGGCACGCUCCGGCCUCCGGCACCAGCCGACCUGACUGCAGGACCCGGCGCUCCGAUCAACAACUUGAGGCCGCGCUAGCCUUUGGGCGGCGCGGUGCAGGCGGCCGCGGAGGGGACACCCGGCUCGGCCCGGCGGGACGCGGAGCGGCAGCGGGAGGGGGCGCUGCGGGGCUAGGCGUUCACAGCGCAGAGGAAGUACCGUCUUCGCCGCGCCGGUCGCCUCAGCCGCGCCGUACGGGGCCGCCUCAGCCACGCCGCGCGGGGCCGCGAUGUCGUCCCGACCCGGGCGCGACGACGCGGGGGCAGGGGGCGCGCGGCGGCCGCGAGAGCCUCUGGAGCAGGAGCUGCAGCGACGCCGGGAGCAGAGGCGGCGGCGGCACGACGCGCAGCAGCUGCAGCAGCUCAAGCACCUGGAGUCCUUGCCCCCAAAGUCAUCUGAGUCUUCCACACAUGCUCCUGCCCAUUUUCCAGCUCUGUCACUCAGGUGCUCCUGGGCUACUGAGCAUAACAGAAUGGACAUUUUGAGAAUAUGUGGACUUUCAUCUCUGCCUUCCAGCCCCCAUAGGGCCAGGCUGCAGGAACAACUGGGAUGGAGUAUGCUUACGUGAAGGACUCUUCCAAAAGAAAUCCUACCCCAACACUCAAAUACACGAAGAGUAUUAUUAAGUACUUGGCAAAAUAAAGAUUUUUUUGUCCCAUGCCUAUUUAGGAGAUAAUCUCUUAUCGAAAUUUAUCUUAAUUUAGUCUUUAUACUGCCCAGGGCAACCUAUCACAAUCUGAAUGAUAUAAUGGCAAGGAUUCACAGAUGGCACAAAAUAAUGGGCCUCUACUAACUUUUUUUUUUUUUAAUUCUGAGGAUUAAUUACAAAGAUAAUGCACACUUCUCAGCUGUCACAGCACAGAAGCCAGCUACUCAAUAAACACACUCCGAUUCUCAUUUCCAAAUGUUAUUUUCAAUAGUUAAAUAUUACCUUAAUCUUUGAGAAAUAUCUUUUUAACAUGCUACCUAAACUAAUGAAUUGUUUAGCCCUAGGAAAAAACAUCAACCACAUUCCUUUACACUUGUGGAAACAGUUCUAAAAUGGACUUUUUUAGGGAAGUCCAUUGCUAAUAAUAACAGAUUUCAAAACGUGCAGUUCCAGGGGCUUCCCUGGUGGCGCAGUGGUUGAGAAUCCGCCUGCCAAUGCAGGGGACACG